UGGCACGUCUCUAUGGUACUCUCUCUCUGGCACGUCUCUAUGGUACUCUCUCUAUGGUACUCUCUCUCUGGUACAGUCACAUGGGGGGGAAGAUGGCGGCGCGCUGAGUGUGCUCGAGAGAGUCCCACAUAGAGCAGGGCUGUGAUUGGUUCAUCUGGGUUUCUGGGUGGGGCCGACCGACCGCCAUGUUUGACCUCUGUGAGUGGAACGAUAAUUCCGAGGCGCAGUCACUGACCGAGUGUUUGGCCAGAAAUCCCCAGGGAGCAGCCAAGAAAGAUAAAGCUGCUCUUAGCAGGAGAAAGCGAACAAAGCGAAACCGGGAGCUGCUGGACAUUCUGCAUUCACUCGAGCCCCCCGAUAAUCGGCAGCAGCACCCUCACACCCCAGGGGCCCUGACUUCCAGAGCUCUGAGUGAUGGGGCCACGGAACCUCCCGACUGUAGCCCUGAUGCCCCCCUGCCAGCUGUUUGCCCCGCGCUGCCCCCUGAGCCACGGCUGAGCCGCAAGCAAUGGAGGAAUAAACAGAAGAGCCAGAAACGGCAGAAGAACAAAUUCAAACCUUCCUCUGAAUGUUCCAGGGGGGGUGUGGAGAGGACUGGGGGGGCAGGGGAACCCCAACCAGGGUACGGAGGGGAGAAGAGAGGGGCGAGUGUACAGAGUGGCACGGCGGGGCAGCAGAAGCCCACAGAGAUGCUCGGGGGGCCGGAGGAGACAGUGGCAGCAAAACGUGCCAGGCCCGAGCCAAUCACUGCUGGCUCCGCCCAUGUAGGGUCAGCUGUGGCCCCUGGAGAUAAGCCUGGGGCCCUCUUGCAGAAGCGCUCGGUGCAGAAGCUGAAGAAAAUGAUGCAGAGAGGCGGGCAACUGAGCGAGGCCGGGGCAACUAGUACGGAGGGUCCUGAGCUUCUAGCAGAGGAGGAUCCAGUGGGGGAGAGCGCUCCCUCUGACCGCUCCUCGUCGCUGCGCUCCCGUAUGGAGGAGCGCCUCAGCUCCGCCCGCUUCCGCUACAUCAACCAGCAACUCUACACGUCCGACAGUCACGAGGCCCUCCGCCUGUUUCAGAACGACCCGGAAGCUUUUACCGUCUAUCAUAAAGGCUUCUCCCAGCAAGUCCAGCACUGGCCCGUCAGCCCACUGGCCCAGAUCAUCAAGUACAUCAAGAACCGGCCUCCCUCGCUGGUAGUGGCAGAUUUCGGCUGCGGAGAUGCCCUUAUAGCUCGGAGUGUGCGGAACACGGUCCAUUCCUUUGACCUGGUGGCUCUGAAUGAUCAUGUGACUGUGUGUGACAUGGCCAAGGUUCCCCUAUCAGAUGAGACUGUGGAUAUCGCUGUUUUCUGCCUCUCUCUCAUGGGGAAGAACAUCGGGGAGUUCCUGCAGGAGGCGAACAGAGUCCUCACCCCGGGAGGAGUGCUGCUAUUGGCUGAAGUGAGCAGUCGUUUUGAUGACAUCAGGCAGUUCCUGAGUGCAAUGUCUCAGCUGGGAUUUAAGAACGUAGCGAAGAACACGGACAACAGUCACUUCUUCCUGUUUGAGUUCAGCAAGAGCGGCGCCGCGCGGGAUCGGGUCAGGCACCCGGGGCUCGAGCUGCGCCCCUGUCUUUAUAAGAAGAGGUGAUUUGGGUCAGAACCGGAGACAGACACUGGGACCCAGAGCCCCACAAGCAGGGGCAGCCGUCCCUCCCAGCACCCCCCCAGGAUUCUGCUCCCAAGGAGCCCGGCCCCAUAGUUAGUAAUGGGGGAAGCGCUGUUGGGCUCAGCCCACUGAGAUCUGUAGUCCCAGAAGCUGACACUUUGUUUCUGUUGCGCUUUGUUAUUGGCCCCAAACGUUUGUGCCGAAAUCAUUACAAGUUUUAAUGAAAUCC